CCGUUCGCAUGACUGACUUUAAUUCUUUGGAUCAAUAAACACAGCUUACAUGGAGCCCUUUCAUUGAUACCAACCUGAUCAUAAUUCGUUGGAGUCAGAAGGCGCGAAGCUCAGUAGAGAAAACACUUGUUCUUAGAGUGGUGCGGAAUUUUUUUUCUUUCCGUUGGGUUAGUUUUACUGCUUUGCAUUUUGCAAACUCGGAAGAAACUAACAUCUCAACUUAUUUUACUCUGAGAAUCAGACUCUUGUAAGUCAUGUUGUUGAUUUACAUCGUUAUACUGGCAAUAUCAGGACACCUUGCAGUGGACGGACAGCCUUACGGUCCUUGGAGUGACUGGUCGGACUGCAGUGUAGAUGAAGGGCAGGGCGUAAUGAAACGAACAAGACGGUGUAUAGUGGACGAUUGCCCUGUCCCUGGGGAGUACUUAGACUUCAUGGCAUGUUUUGUGAAGCCGUGCAAGUGUGAAUGUCCUCCAGAAGCAGGAACGGAAGCACCCUCAAAAGCCUCUACCACCGGUGGCAUUCAAAUUGAAUUGUCAGAGGAGCCGACCACAGUUGGAUCAAAAGUAACUACAGAAGCUGCUUCUACCGGUACCAUUAGUAUUGGAUUGGUAGAGGAGACAACUACAGCGGCCACACAGGAAAGCACUGCAGCACCAGGAGAAGAAACAACAGCUGUUCCACCAGCUACAGAGGGAAGCACUGCAGCACCAGGUGAAGAAACAACAGCUGUUCCACCAGCUACCCAAGAAAGCACUGCAGCACCAGGUGAAGAAACAACAGCUGUUCCACCAGCCACGGAGGAAACCACGGCAGCACCAAGUGAAGAAACAACAGCUGUUCCUCCAGCCACGGAGGAAAGCACUGCUGCACCAGGUGAAAAAACAACAGCUGCUCCAUCAGCCUCGGAGGGAAGCACCGCAGCAUCAGGUGAAGAAACAACAGCUGUUCCACCAGCCACAGAGGAAACAACUGCAGCACCAGCUACGGGAGAAACCACAGCAGCACCAGGUGAAAAAACAACAGCCGUUCCACCAGGUACUGAGGAAACCACUGGUGCGGCACAAAUUAAAGAAACAACAGUUGUUCCACCAGCGACAGAGGAAAGUACCGCUGCACAAGGUGAAGAGACAACAGCUGUUCCACCAGAGGAAAGCACUGCAGCACCAGGUGAAGAAACAACAGCUGUUCCACCAGAGGAAAGCACUACAGCACCAGCUACAGAGGAAAGCACUGCAGCACCAGGUGAAGAAACAACAGCCGUUCCACCAGCGACAGAGGAAAGCACUGCAGCGUCAAGUGAAGAAACAACAGCUGUUCUACCAGUCACAGAGGAAAGCACUGCAGCACCAGGUGAAAAAACAACAGCUGUUCCUUCAGCUACAGAGGAAAGCACUGCAGCACCAAGUGAAGAAACAACAGCUGUUCCACCAGGUACACAAGAAAGCACUGUGGCAGCUGCUGGAGAGACAACGGCUGUUCCACCAGCUACUGAGGAAACCACUGGUGCAGCACAAAUUAAAGAAACAACAGCUGUCCCACCAGCCACAGAGGAAACAACUGCAGCAUCAGGUGAAGAAACAACAGCUGUUUCAUCAGCCACAGAGGAAAGCACUGCAGCACCAGGUGAAGAAAUAACAGCUGUUCCACCAGCUACGCAGGAAAACACUGCAGCACCAAGUGAAGAAACAACAGCUGCUCCACCAGCUACGGAGGAAACCACUGGUGCAGCACAAAUUAAAGAAACAACAGCUGUCCCACCAGAGGAAAGCACUACAGCACCAGGUGAAGAAACAACAGCAGCUCCACCAGCCACAGAGGAAACAACUGCAGCACCAAGUGAAGAAACAACAGCUGUUCCACCAGGGGAAAGCACCGCUGCACCAAGUGAAGAAACAACAGCUGUUCCACCAGCCACAGAGGAAAGUACUGCAACACCAGGUGAAGAAACAACAGCUGUUCCACCAGGUCCCGAGGAAAUAACUGCAGCACCAACUGAAGAAAAAAUAACUGCUGCAUCAGCUCCGCCAUGUGAGCCUGUUGGUGCCUCGUUUGGAGGUCCUUUGCCGGAUUCCAGCUUCUCGGCUUCAUCUGACGCUGGAGAUAAUUAUGCCGCAUCGAACGGUCGACUUAAUGGCCCGAAGGCAUGGUGUGCGAAAAAUGAAUCCCUGGAUUAUUUAGAGAUCCAGCUGCCCACUGAAAUGGAAAUUUGUGCGAUUGCCACACAAGGAUUGCGCGAGUUAGUGAAUAAAAAAGUGUGGUAUGGUACAGUAUGGUUUGACUUGGAUUCCUGGGUGACAUCUUAUGACGUUUUCAUUUCCAAGAAUGGUGAUGACUGGUCUAAAAUUGUGAGUAUCUCUUUUACGCAUUUUUAUUAAAUAUAUAUUAGUUAUGCAACGUUUUUGAGUGGUAUACCGUGAAAUAUCCCGCGGGUCAAUUAUAUUUUCUCAGUACACCACAGCCUUUAAGUGACAAGUGUAAUUUCUCUUGGUAUACCACGAGUAUCGAUUAUUGUGCAUUGAAGGUACUCGGCCAAGCUGCCUGCAACACUGACUAGGCUCUAGAAAACAUGAAGCCAAACCAUAAAAUGGCUUUGGUUCCUGUUGAACUGUCGACACCAUCUAAUGUGCAUUCAUAGCUGUUGUUCUUUGUGGAAGAUCAAAAUUGGAACUUGUGGAAAAAUUUAGCGGACAUUUAAUCAUAUGGUUCCCUCUUUAUACAAAUCCUUCCUCUCCAGGUUCCUUGGCACUGAUAAGAGCGCGUUCGCAUAGAGUUGUGUGACUGUUACACGAAACCAAAGGGACCUGCUCUGCGCUUCACUGGCUCUGUUGUCAUGAAGCUCUC